AUGUCUGCCGUUACUCUCUCCAAGACUCUCCAAGUGGCACUGCUGCAAUUCCACUGUGGUGGAGACAAGACGGCCAAUCUCGCCAAAGUGACCCAAUUCAUCGAGAGGGCGAUCCAACACGAUCCAAAACCACAACUUCUUGUUCUGCCUGAAUGUUUCCAAUCUCCAUAUGCCGUAGACCAAUUUGCAAAUUAUGCAGAACGUAUCCCAGAGGGGGAAACUAGCACGUUUUUAAGUGAACAGGCGAAAAAGUACAAUGUCUCUAUCAUUGGAGGUUCGAUUCCGGAAAUCGACGACAAUGACGGCGGUAUCUACAACACCUCUCUUGUUUUCAAUCCCAAGGGGGAAAUCGUUGCCAAGCAUCGUAAGGUGCACCUCUUUGACAUUUCUAUUCCGGGCGGAAUCACGUUCAAGGAGUCUGAUUCUUUAAAACCGGGCAACAAGGUUACAGUUUUCGACAUUCCAGAAAUCGACACCAGAUUCGGCUUAGGUAUUUGCUAUGAUAUCAGGUUCCCGGAAUUGGCCAUGAUUGCAGCCAGACGUGGCGCUGGUAUUAUGGCUUAUCCCGGUGCAUUCAAUACCGUGACAGGUCCUAAAUUCUGGUCAAAGUUUGCCGUUGCCAGAGCUAUUGACAACCAAAACUACGUGUUGAUGUGUUCCCCCGCUCGUAACCCACAGGGCGGCUAUCAGGCUUAUGGCCAUAGCAUGGUGGUCGAUCCAGAUGGUGAGAUCCUCGUUGAGGCCGGCCAUGAGGAAACCAUCGUUUAUGCAGAACUGAAGAAGGACGUUGUUGAAGAAACGAGAAGAAAUAUUCCCUUCAGUGUUCAAAGAAGAUUCGAUGUUUACAGUGACGUUUCUAAAGAUCCUGUUGUUUCUGCUUUGUAA